AUGGCUUUUGUCCAAUCUCUCAACAACCAAAGCUCUAUCUUGAAAAUCAAUAUUAUGGUUGUUGACGAUGAUCCUGUUUCCCUUGAAUUUUUGUCACGCAUGCUUGAAAGAUCCAAAUACAGAGAUCCAUCUAUGGAGAUCAUAGUUAUAGCUGUAAGAGACGCGAGGGAAGCAUUGUCUACUCUUAAAAUCCACAGAAAAACUAUCGAUGUCAUAGUCACAGACUAUUACAUGCCUGGCAUGAAUGGUCUACAACUCAAACAACAAAUCACUCGACAAUUUGGCAAUUUUCCGGUCAUAGUUAUGUCAUCGGACAUCAACAAAGAGCAAGAGAGUUUAGCUUGUGGAGCGUUGUGUUUCCUUCCGAAACCCAUCAAACCAACUGACCUACCACAGAUCUAUCAAGUUGCUUUAACUUAUAAGAGGAAGGGUAAGUCCACAUUAAGGACCGAGCACAACCACAAGGACAAAAAUGUUUACAUCGCUCAGCAAAUCCAGUUGCUUCCUGAACAAGCUAAUGUCUCGAAGACCAAGAAGAACAAGAAGUUCUCGUCUAGAUCAGAUUCAAGAUCUGUGAACAUUUUAAAUGGAAGUUGUGAUAGUACAGAUGGUUCACGAAAAAAUCAAAAAAGAAAAUCUAACGAUGAUUCUGGUGAUGAUGUAGAGUAUUUGCCGCAGCCUUCCAAGAAGAGUAAGAUUUCUUGGACGGGCUAUCUUCAGAACCUUUUCUUACAAGCUGUUCACCAUAUCGGUCCUCACAAAGCUGUGCCAAAUAAAAUUUUGGAGUUCAUGGACGUAUCAUACUUGACAAGAGAUCACGUUGCCAGCCAUCUACAGAAAUAUCGAAAAUUCUUGAGGAAAGUCUCCGAAAGAGGUUCUUUACGUUCAACCAUGUUGCAUGGAAGAGACAUGGAGCCAUACUAUAGCAACUACGCAACCUCUUCUUCUUGGUACGACACAAGUCUUAACAAGAAAUCCUUUUAUUGUAAACCUAGAUACGGUCUUGGACAGUCUAGACUCUUAUCCAACACAUGUGAGCCCAACCGCUUCAACCGGCUGCCUUACAACUACAUGAACCGGUUAUCCACCAAUGAGCCACACGGUAUUGGAUCAAACUUGACCAUGCCCAUCAACAGAAACCUCAGUUUCUCAACCCAGCCAUUGCAAAACGAAGGAAGUGGAAGCUAUUUCGAACCAACUGUGAUGGGGAACAAAACCGGCCAAACAUCUCAAGUUCUCGGGUUUGGACAGCAUUUAAUGUCGGCUACUAAUGGCAAAAUGAGUAGCUUUGGAAGUUUAACAACUAAUCAACCACAAAUGAGCAGCUAUGAAAGUUUAACUCCUAAUCAACAAGGGCCUAGCCAACUCCCGUAUGGAUUGUUCUUAAACAAUGAGAACACUGCAUCUAAGCCUCAUCAACAUGCCUCUGCAACUAUACAGCCAAAUCCUAAAAUUCCUCAACUGGAGAAUCUCAGCUUGUAUGAUGACCUCAGCAAUAUUUACGAGCUUCUUUGCGAUAUAAGUAACUUUGACUUUGAUCAGGAGAAGAAACAAGAAGAAGUGGUUUCUACCAGCAAAUUUGAGAUCCCUGCAAAUUGUGAGACUGAACUUAAUCAGAUCUUCUCUCUUGAAGAAGAUGGUGGCUGGACCUUUCUGAACAUAAAUCAGGGACAUUCUAAUGAAGAAACAUCAAACACUUUUGCUGCUCCGGAAAAGAAUGAUCCAACUUUAAACAUUAACCCUAAUCAUGUGCAGGAAAAAGAUGUUCCAGAUUUUGAUUGGUCGUUAUUGGAUUUAGAGGACUCGAUAUUCACCAGUGAAUGA